GUCGUUGGUCGAUCCAUCAAGCGGCAGAAAACAGUCGAUCGGUUGGAGGCUCGCAGGUUUCUGUUGGUAAUCAACUAAUCGUUGAUGAAGAAGGAAAAAGGAAGAGGCGGGUCUGUCCAUUAAGCCACCUUUUGAGAAUGCACGCUUUCGGGAAUGUUACCAAACUAGCUCUAGGACUCCGCGGCUUUUGAGAAUGUUAGAAACAAAGCCUUAGGAAUUAGGACAGCCUCAUAAUGCCACAAACCCGCGAACUGUGCUAAACCGCGACGAUAGAUCCAGGAAGCAGUGAUGUACUGAAUUAAGUUAGUUGGUCACUUGAUCCGCCCCCAUUCUCAUCCUCUACAUUGACUCUUUAACUACAGCAGAACGCCGAUUAUAUUGCACAGUAAGUGCUUCGGAAGUACUGCGGAGCGGAUCGAUCGGAUAGGAGUAGUUUGUGGUAGAAGAAAAUGGAGAAGAUGAACCAGACGCUGGAGAAGAUGAAGAUGCUCGUAGGAAUGGAUGUGGAAGACGUAGAAGGAACCGCUAAUCAGCAGCAAGAGUCCUCGUUUGCUUUCAUUGAGGACUUCAAUCGCAACUGUACUCUCUCCACCAAGCAGAGGCUUUAUGGUUUUGCCAUCUGCUUGGCUUCUGGUGUUGCUUGUACACUCUUGUCCAUGUUGGUGUUUCUCCAUCCAGUAAAAUUUGGAAUAACUUUCUCCUUUGGCAAUCUGCUUGCACUUGGAAGCACAGCGUUCCUCAUAGGACCUAAAAGGCAGGUGACAAUGAUGCUUGACCCUAUCCGUAUCUAUGCCACUUCCAUAUAUCUUGCAAGCAUCAUCAUUGCAUUGUUUUGUGCUCUAUAUGUGAGGAACAAGCUACUGACACUUUUGGCAAUUAUAUUGGAGUUUGGAGCUCUUAUCUGGUAUAGCUUGAGUUACAUCCCAUUUGCAAGGUCGAUGGUCUCCAAAGUCAUGGUUGCGUGCUUGGACACUGAAUUCUAACUGCUUGAGGGGAGGGUGGAGAAAGAGAGAGAUCAAGUUUUGUCAUUUGUGUAUAGCAAUAGCAAGUAAUAGAGUGAAUUUUACAUGUCAGGAUUAGCUAACUGCAUGUGGGCGGUGUGUAACUCAAAUUUACGUACUCCGUAUCAUUUUGGCUGAACCUAUUCCAGCCACAGGUGCGAUGAAGCAUCAUAAUAAACUCUUCAAAAAAGCUUUGUGCAGCCUUGGGUAUACUUUCAAACGUCAAUUUCUUUAUUGACUAAUUUUUUUAUUAACUUUUAAGGAAUUCACCUCAUUCAAGUAA